AUGGCUCCCAAGGCUGCUGACAAGAAGCCCGCCGCCUCCAAGGCUCCUGCUACUGCCUCCAAGGCUCCUGAGAAGAAGGAUGCCGGCAAGAAGACUGCUGCUUCUGGUGACAAGAAGAAGCGCUCCAAGACUCGCAAGGAGACUUACUCUUCUUACAUCUACAAGGUCCUCAAGCAGGUCCACCCCGAUACUGGUAUCUCCAACCGCGCCAUGUCCAUUCUGAACUCGUUCGUCAACGACAUCUUCGAGCGUGUCGCUUCUGAGGCUUCCAAGCUUGCCGCCUACAACAAGAAGUCCACCAUCUCUUCCCGAGAGAUUCAGACCUCUGUCCGCCUCAUCCUCCCCGGUGAGCUUGCCAAGCACGCCGUCUCCGAGGGUACCAAGGCUGUUACCAAGUACUCUUCCUCGACGAAAUAG